AUGAAGGCAGCGAGCUUAGCAUUCAUAAGCUUCCUACCGUCCGUCCUCGGGGCGGUCGUUCAUGACAAGCGCUCUGGCUUUAAGGACGGCCAGCCCAUAAGUGACAACGGCAAAGGAGCACCUCUUCUAGGCGGGACAAACAAAGCACUUGACUUGCAAAACCCCGACAACCUUGGCCAGCCCAGUACCGACAAUGGUUUCGUCCCUAACCUGAAGUGGAGCUUUUCUGACUCCAAAACAAGGCUCUUCCCGGUACGCGAGCAAGUCAUUCAGGAUCUACCGCAGAGCCACGACAUUUCUGGUGCACAACAGCAUCUGAAAAAGGGUGCGAUUCGGGAGCUGCAUUGGCAUCGUGUUGCGGAAUGGGGAUUCCUAUACUCUGGCUCUCUCUUGCUUUCCGGUGUGGAUGAAAAUGGCCAGUUCACGACCGAAAAGUUGGAAGAAGGCGACAUCUGGUAUUUCCCUAAAGGUGUUGCGCACAACGUGCAAGGCCUUGACGAUGAGAAUGAGUACCUUCUGGUCUUCGAUGAUGGUGACUUUGAGAAAGUUGGGACAACUUUCAUGGUCGAUGACUGGAUAACUCACACACCACGCGAUAUUCUCGCAAAGAACUUUGGUGUUGACGCAUCAGUCUUCGAUAAAGUGCCCGAGAAAUUUCCCUAUAUCCUCAAUGGCACUGUCAGCGACGAGGCGAACAACACUCCUCAAGGCACAUUGACUGGUAACAGUUCCUAUGUGUAUCACACUUACAAGCAUCCCUCUGAGCCAGUGCCUGGCAGUGGUGGUACUUUUAGAAAGAUUGAUUCGAAGAAUUUCCCCGUGAGUCAGACUAUUGCUGCUGCAUUGGUGGAGCUUGAGCCCAAAGGGUUGCGAGAGUUGCACUGGCAUCCGAACGCGGAGGAAUGGCUGUAUUUCCACAAGGGUAACGCUCGCGCUACGGUGUUCUUGGGUGACUCGAAGGCUCGCACAUUUGAUUUUACCGCCGGUGACACUGCCGUUUUCCCUGAUAAUAGUGGUCAUUACAUUGAAAAUACCUCGGAGACUGAGAAGUUGGUGUGGAUUGAGAUUUACAAGAGUGAUCGUGUGGCUGAUAUCUCGUUGGCACAAUGGCUUGCUCUCACUCCUGCCGAUGUCGUGGCUACUACCUUAAAGGUCGAUAUUGAAGUCGUCAAGCAGAUCAAAAAGGAGAAACAGGUCUUGGUAAAAGGUAAAUAG